UAUACAAUAUAUCAAUAAAAAUGCCCUUAUACAAAACUUUACAUGCCAAACGUCAAAAAAUUCAAUAAAAAGUAUAACAGUACAUUGUUAACUCUGCUUAUUAGUAGAUCAAAUUGGUAUUUACAGACAAGUUUCCCGUUACUCCGAAGAACAUUCCACGUCAGAAUAAUCUUUUAACAACAUAAAAAUGCGCAGAGCUAAGGGCUAUCAGGAUUUGGAUGAAAAUGUGGGAGACGGUCGCCUAUCGUCUCCCCCAAUGCCACCUCCACAGGAAAUAGAAAUGGCAUCUGUGUCGGUGGUUCCGGAUGACACUUUCACCGUUACACAAGCUGUAAAUGCAUUAGGGUUUGGUUGGUUUCAAGUAAAACUAUCUUUGUAUACUGGACUUUGCUGGAUGGCUGAUUCAAUGGAAAUGACAAUUUUAAGCAUACUCUCACCGGCACUUCACUGCGAAUGGAAUAUAAGCAAGUAUCAACAAGCUUUAACUACAACUAUAGUAUUCAUGGGUAUGAUGCUUAGUUCAACAUUUUGGGGCAAUAUUAGUGAUCGAUAUGGUAGAAAAACUGCACUCAGCAUGUGUGGAGUUUUAUUAUUUUACUAUGGAUUGCUAAGUGCAGUAGCUCCGAACUUCCUUUGGUUACUAUUCCUAAGGGGCCUUGUAGGUUUUGCAAUAGGCUGUGUGCCACAGUCAGUGACCCUAUAUGCAGAAUUCUUACCAACAAAACAGAGAGCAAAGUGCGUAGUUCUUCUAGAUUGCUUCUGGGCGCUCGGUGCAUGUUUAGAAGUAGCGUUAGCGCUCGUUGUGAUGCCGACUCUUGGUGUGCAUUGGUUAUUAGCCCUAUCAACAAUACCACUGCUCAUAUUUGCUAUUAUAUGCCCUUGGCUUCCAGAAUCGGCCAGGUUUCAUGUCGCGAGUGGUCAGCCUGAUAAAGCCUUAGCUACUCUAGAACAGAUAGCACACGACAACGGUCGUCCAAUGCUCCUCGGUCGGCUGGUGUGUGACGAUUCGGUCGGCAUCGGUCAACGUGGGCGAUUGAAACAUCUCCUUAUACCCCAGUUGAGGAAUACCAGCCUUUUACUUUGGAUUAUAUGGAUGUCGUGUGCAUUCUGCUACUACGGGCUGGUGUUGAUGACGACGGAGCUGUUCGAAACCGACGCCGACGGCGGGGAGGAGUCGUGCGCGGCGGACUGCCGCCCGCUGCAGACCACCGACUACAUGGACCUCUUAUGGACCACUCUUGCCGAAUUUCCGGGUAUAUUCGCCACGAUAUUUAUCAUCGAAAAGUAUGGCCGUAAGAAAACGAUGGCUUCCCAGUUCGUCAUCUUCGCUAUUUGUGUCUGUGUAUUGGUUUACAAUGAAAACCGAACGUUUUUGACCUGCGUUUUGUUCCUGGCUCGUGGUAUUAUCGCAGGACUGUUUCAAGCGGCGUAUGUCUACACGCCUGAGGUAUAUCCAACGGCGUUACGAUCAACCGCCGUCGGCGCUUGCAGCGGUGUCGCGAGACUCGGCGCUAUGAUCACACCUUACGUGGCCCAGGUGUUGCUGAAGAAUUCAAUAAUGAUCGCGACCGCGGUGUACUCCGUGGCGGCGCUGGUGGCGGCCGCCGCCUGCCUCGCGCUGCCCAUCGAGACCAAGGGCCGCGAGAUGAGGGACUCCGUCUCGGCCACGGGAUAACAACACACAUCGAACUUCAACUUUUCAUUUAUGAAUCUAUUAGCUAAGAAACAGCACCGUGCGAGUCGAACUCCUCGAGAAUUCCUUAGAAUUUCUGAAUUAAUUGACUUGAAUAAAUAUAAAAAUUAUCGUCGUACCGGCACCUGUCUCAUCAUAAGGGUUUUGUCCUGUGUAACGGAAUCCUAAAAAAUCUCUGCACGGAAUCUCUCGAGUCUUCGUAAUAUUGUUUGUGAUUAUUGCUCUUAUAUGUUGAAGAUUUGAAGUUUCGUUCCAAUCUCCGUUUUAAAAUGAUAGUCGAAUUUGCAACCACCAAGUUCAUUACAUUACAUUACAUUAAAGGAUAUUUAUAAAUAUGAAUAUGUGUUAGGGUAAAACCGGAUUAGGGGAAGAAUGUUUUAUCAAAAUGACUCUAUACAUAAAAUUUUGAGUACUGGCAGCUAUCUGCUAUGCCGUUUUAAAAUAUACUACAAUUUAGUAACGAGGCACAAUAAGCUGGCAUCUUGCUGGCUUAGUUACGAAAAAUUGAAACAAUUUUCAUUAUAAGUUUACUAAUUGACUAACCUCGUACAAUUAGAAAAAUGAAAAACAAAAUAGCUUUGAUUAACAAAUUCACUUUAUUCAAAAUUCGCUGAUAAUGAGGUCUUUGAAUAAAAGUCGACAUAAAACGCGACCAUAGCUUUUAAUUAAAAUUUCAAGUUAAAUAUAAAAUCCGAAGUUACCCGAACAUACCUUGAAAUAUUUUACUUCUAAAACGUUAAAUAUUAAAAAAAAGCAUUUAAUUCAUUCCGAAUAAAUUCGUCUUACAUCAUUUGGAAAAUGCUCAUCAGGGUCAGAUUGACUAAUUCGGUGAAAGUGAACGCUCAUUGGUCGCUGAUUGCGUCAUCGGCUAUCCCCGACCAAUCACACGUCAGAAUUCAAAUCGGUUAAAUCGUCUUCGAUUUUCCAAAAUGGUGGUUAGGUUAAUUUUAAAUAAUAAACUUCAGCAGUCACAAUUUUUUUUUAAAACUUUACACCAAAUAUAGAUAUAUAUGAUUAAUUUAUUAAUGUAUGUUG